CUCUCUCUCUCUCAAGUCUCGCUUGUACGGGCACAGUAACCACUCCGCUUCGCUUCCACACUACUCCCACUCAGCUGCUCUGCGAGCGCACGGUGCAGCGGCUCGGCGGCGGCGAUGCCGAGCUCACGUAGAACCACCGGCCGCGGCGGGGGCGGCGAGGGUGCGGGGAAUGGAGGCGGGGACGAGCGGGUGCCGCCGUUCAUGGGGAACAACCGCGACCACAACCCGCGGGAGCUGCGCUCGUGGGCGCGCCGCACGGGGUUCCACCCCUCCGCCUUCUUCUCCGGGGAGUCCAACUCGUCGUUCGCCUCCUCCGCCGCGCCGCAGUCCCCGCCGCCGCCUCCUCCCCCGGCCAACUCCCGCCGCCCUCCGCGGCCGCCGCCGGAGCGGGACCCAGAGACGGAGGACGACCGCGAUCCCGCGCCGCCGCUCGAUCUAGAGCGUUUCCGCGGCCGCGGCCGCGGGCUUGGGUUUGGGGGACGUCCACGCCGCCGCAUCGACCUCCGCGGCGAACUCGAGAUCCCGCCGGGCUUCGGUGGCGGCGGCGGCGGGGAGGUGGUGGGUACAGAGGAGCCGGACGCGGCGAGGGGAGGAGGGCGCGGUGACGCGAGGAGGAGGAACGGCGUCGAGAGGGAGGCGGCCAAUGUGAGCAGGAAUGUGAACGGCGUGCUCGCGGACGCGGAGGCGAGGAAGAAGGCGGAGGAGCCCGAGGCGAAGCGGAAGGCGGAGGAGGCGGAGGCGAGGAGGAAGAAGGAGGAGGAGGAGAGGGACGCGGAGCUGGCCGCGUACUACCAGGAGCAGUGGGCGAACGAGGAGGAGGGAGCUGCAGACGGUGCCGCGGGCGAGACAGCGCCCCUGUAUGGGGCGUCGGGACUCCGGUGUGGCGUCGCCGAGAACCCCGGAUGGAUGCCCCUCAUAUUUUAUGGCAUACAACAUUACCUGUCAAUAGCUGGUUCACUUGUUUUUGUUCCUUUGAUAUUGGUACCAACCAUGGGUGGAUCUGAUGAGGACACUGCAACUGUCAUUUCCACCAUGUUAUUAGUCUCUGGUCUGACAACAAUACUUCAUACUUUUUUGGGUUCUCGGCUUCCAUUGAUUCAAGGAAGUUCUUUUGUAUAUUUGGCUCCUGCAUUGGUAAUUGCGAACUCCGAGGAGUUCAGAAAUCUUAGUGAAAAUAAAUUCAAGCACAUAAUGAGGGAAUUACAGGGGGCUAUACUUGUUGGUUCAGUUUUCCAGAUAAUCUUAGGGUACACUGGUCUUAUGGCACUGUUUCUGAGGUUAAUAAAUCCAGUAGUCGUGGCACCAACUAUUGCUGCAGUUGGUUUGGCAUUUUUCAGUUAUGGUUUCCCUCAGGCUGGCAGUUGUGUAGAAAUCAGCAUGCCCCUCAUUGUAUUGGUUCUUCUGUGCACUCUGUACAUGAGAAAAAUAUCCCUGUUUGGCAACCGUAUCUUCCUUGUCUACGCGGUGCCCUUCAGUGUUGCAAUUGUUUGGGCAUAUGCAUUCUUCCUAACUGCUGGUGGAGCAUAUAACUUCAAAGGGUGCAACUCAAAUAUACCCAGUUCGAACAUAUUAUUGGAUUCAUGCAGAAGGCAUUUAGAAACCAUGAGGCGUUGCCGAACUGAUGUUUCUACUGCAUGGAGAACUGCUGCCUGGGUUAGGGUUCCCUAUCCGUUCCAGUGGGGAUCCCCAACAUUUCAUUUCAAGACAGGUAUCGUCAUGGUAAUAGUUUCACUGGUUGCAUCAGUUGAUUCGAUUGCAUCAUACCAUGCUGCAUCACUGCUGGUCAAUUUAAGUCCGCCAACACGUGGAGUUGUCAGCAGAGGGAUUGGACUUGAAGGGAUUUCAACUUUUAUUGCUGGAUUGUGGGGUACAGGUACCGGGUCGACAACACUAACUGAGAACAUACACACCCUUGAAACGACCAAAAUGGCCAGCAGAAGGGCUUUGCAGCUCGGGGCAGCCUUGUUGGUCGUCUUCUCGUUCUUUGGAAAAAUCGGAGCUCUCCUUGCUUCUAUACCCGUGGCUUUGGCCGCCUCCGUGCUGUGCUUCACCUGGGCGCUAAUUGUCGCACUCGGCUUGUCCACAUUGCGAUACACCCAAGCAGCAAGCUCGAGAAACAUGAUAAUAGUUGGAUUCACUCUGUUCAUCUCCCUGUCCGUCCCUGCAUAUUUUCAGCAGUAUGAACCCAGCUCCACUCUUAUCCUGCCAAGCUAUCUCCUUCCGUAUGCCGCAGCAUCAAGUGGACCAGUUCGCACUGGCAGCAGCGGGCUAAACUACGCGGUGAACGCCCUCCUGUCCAUCAGCGUGGUGGUGGCUCUCCUUGUCGCGCUCAUCCUCGACAACACGGUGCCUGGCAGCAAGCAGGAACGCGGUGUGUACAUCUGGUCAGACCCGAGCUCCCUGGACGUGGAUCCUGCGACCUUGGAACCUUACCGAUUGCCCGAAAAGAUCGCGUGCUGGUUCCGGUGGGCAAAGUGCGUAGGCAUCUGACGGCUCUGUGCAUAGUGCUGCUGCAACGCCCGGUGAAGAUUCUAUUUAUUCCAUUGCUACCUGAUACUGUAGCCUGUAGGAUUCACUAUAUGGGAAAUAUAUACGGAUCGUACUUAGUGGCCUCUUGCUGCGGUUAGCUUCGAGGCACUGUAUUUAUAGUUAGAUUAGAGAGGACGUGGCUGAGCUCACACGACCCUUGUAAAGUUAUUCGGCUCUGUUAGAACGAGUUACUACCUACCUACGCUGUGUAUUUUGCAGUUCGUAGAAAUGCUACGUUCAGUCACCGUGUUGUUACGCUCUUACUGCGAGCGGUUCUUUACGAUCAACACAUUUGAUGACCCCAUACGGUGAGAUGCAUCUUA